AACCACUAUCAUAUCAUAUCAUAUCAUUGCUUUUUCCCAAAACCCAACAAACACAAACAAGGUCUGAACAGCUUUGUUGGUGAAUUGUAUAAAUUGGGAGGUGCUGGCUUUAUCAGAAUUAACAUUCAGUUUUGCAUAUAGAACUUGCCCUUUUGAAGACUGCUACAGAAGAUGGCAUUGGCAGGCACUCUCCUUCAUCUGCUUGUGAUCUUCUUGGGGUUUUCCCAACUUAUUAUCUGCUUGAAUGCCGUCCCAGUUACAAGAAUUGGAAGCCUUCAGGUUCAUCAAAUUGCAGGAAAUAACAAACUGGUAACCACAGAGAAUAAUUUUUAUGAGCAAACUAUUACUGAAAGAAUGGAUGUGGAGCUUCAUGACUACCCGGGAUCUGGAGCCAACAACCGCCACACUCCAAAGCCGCAAUUUGGAAGAUGUGUGGAUUGCUAGUUUUCUCCUGCUACUAUUGGUUUUGGCAUUUACAAUGUAAUGUUAUAUAUGGACUAUUGUAAACAAGAAUUUUGUUCUUAGAUCAUUCAUCAUUUGAGUUUAUUAUUAGGGCUAAAA